UAUAUUGAGAGAAAUUCUCACGGUCACGGGGCAAUUGGCAUUAUUUCAGCACGCGACGGUUGACAAAACUGCGCGCUUGGAUACUUAGUCUAAUCUGCCGUUUCCACCGAUCGAGCGAGCGAGUAUUCCCAACCACCAAAAAGCCUCCGCCUCCCUCCGUUUCUUCUCUGCUUCGUCCCAACCGUCGCUGACCUCCCUACUAAUCUUCGCGCUCGUCUCCCUCCCCUCCCUCCUCCGCUCUCAGUAGCUUGCUCGUCGCCAAGAAGAGCCACCAGCUGGCUGCCAUGGACCGGUCCAAGUCGUACGCGGGCGGGCGCAUGCAGAUCGAGCCCUACUACGGCGGAGGCGCGCGGCCGGACUUCCGGUCCUACUCGUACAGCGCCGGCGGGGGCGGCGGUAUGGGGAUGUCGUCGUACUCGUACCAGUACGAGUACGGCGGCGGCGCGGCAGGGGCGGCGGCGGACGGGGACCUGAAGCGGAGCAAGUCGUCGAAGCGGCGGUGGCUGGCGCUAGGGGACCCGGACAUGGAGCGCAAGCGGCGGGUGGCGGCGUACAAGGCCUACGCCGUGGAGGGCAAGGUGAAGGGCUCCUUCCGCAAGAGCUUCAAGUGGAUCAAGGACCGCUACCUCCACCUCGUCUACGGAUGGUCCUGAUCGAAACAACUCGCUUCGAUCGCGCAUGUCUCUAGUUUUGGCUGCCUUCUUCGAUUCUCCCUCUCUCUGUUCAUGCUUUGCUUCGAUCAUGGUGAGUACGAGUGCAUAUCAACAAACGGUAUAAACCUUUUUCUUUUCUUUUGGGAGCUUUAUUGGUAGAUGUUGUUCUUGAUGAUGCCAAUGAACCAGUCAAGUGUCUGAUGAUGAUGAUGAUGAUGUAACCAAAUGAAUGGGUUUGUUGUUUCGAAUUGUUCUUGGAUGAAUCGAUCCAUCGGGUGAUCAAUCGAUGGAAACAAAUUGUUCUUCUA